CUUCAAACCAAAAAAGUAAAAGGAAAAAGAAAAAAGAAAAAAUAAUCCCGUCUUCUUAAUCUUCAUCUUCAUCCAACAGAAAAUCCAAACCCUAGAGAGAUAAUUUUUUUCAUUUCUCUUUUCACCAAUUCAAUUUGGUGAGAAGGAUGAAGAAUUAACAAAGAAAUCAUUUGUAUUCCGUUCGAAGAAAUUGAAAAAUGUGUAUGAAGAAGAGUACCUGAUUUUGGUGAAAUCCGUCAAACCUACUGUAGAAUUGAUUCUUCUGUGAUCUCAUUCCGUUUGAUCGGAUUCCUUCCACUUUGAGAAUCUGAAUUCCAUUAUUCAAGAAUCGAGACUAGUGAUUUGUUUCUUCUGAAAUCCGUUAAUGGUUUCCAAUCCAGAUCUCGUCUUAUAUUCCUGCAUUGCAAGAGGAACUAUAAUCCUCGCUGAAUUCACAAGAGAACCAAAUCUCGAUGACUUACCUUUCAGAUGUAUCGAGAAAACUCCUCCUCAUCACUCCAUCUUCUCUCACACCAUUAGAAACAGAGCAUACACCUUUUUGAUCGAAGGUUCUUUUGUUUAUUUCGGAAUCUUCCAUGAAGACCUUAACAAAUCCGAGGUUUCUGGUUUCUUAAACCGCUUAAAGCGUGAUUUCGAGGUGUUUCUCGAAAGCGAAUCGCUCAAGGGUUUUGAAAACUUCACUUCUCACUGUUUUCAAUCGCACUUCGAUUCGAGUUUCCGGCAUCUCCUGGGGUUGAAUCUGAACAAAACAUCGUCCAACGGAUUGAAGGGAAGUCAGAGAUCGAGCUUGGACUCAAGUUUAAGAAAGCAAAUACCAUUGGUUUCCAAGUUUUCAAAUCCGGGUAGCUUAAUGAAGAAGAAGAAGAAGGUGACUGGGGAUGGUAAUUGGGAUGGAGGGAAGUAUGGAAUGGAUGAUUCUGUGGAUCUGUAUGAUGAUAACAAUGGUUUAUGCAGUAGAGAUAUUACAUUGCUGAUGCAGAAGCAUGGUUCUCAUAAUAGUGAGCGUCAAAAAGCAAAGCAAGUAUGGAGAAAACAUGUAUGGGUUGUUUUAUCCAUUGAUUUGUUUGUAUGUUUGGUUUUGUUUGGCAUAUGGCUUUGGGUUUGCAGGGGAUUUCAGUGCAUUGAAAGCUGAAAAUGCCUGAGCUUUUCGAUGAAUUUCAAUCCUUGAUUGGCAGACAAUGAUGAUAUUUCACUACAACAAGGGUUGAAAUUCAACAUCAAUUGUAUGAUUCAUGUAAGCUUCAAGUUUGUAUAUUUUUAUUUGCUCUGCUCAUAAUCUUUUCUGGGUUUCUCUAAUUUUUCGUUUUCUUUCUCUACAUUUUGUGUAUCAUUCUCUAAAAGACAAUACCUAUUCAAUGGAAUUUGGUUUAUCCAAAUGGGAAUAAUCUUUGUUUCGGUCA